AUGCCCCGCGAACCAACCCGUCAGCUCACAUUCACCGUCCCCGGCUCGCGUCCGCACUGGCACUACGACGCCGUCACCCUCCCCGUCGGGCGCAACCAGCUGCUGAUCAAGAUCGAGGCCGCGAGCUUUGGCUCCGUCGAUCUCGCGAUCCUCAACACGACCAGUCUGUGGGGGUCUGUGGGCGAGAAGGGGCUUGGGCGUGAUUUUGCGGGUACGGUGGUCGAGGUCGGGAGUAGUUUGAAGGGCAAGUGGAAUGAGGGGGAUAAUGUCUGCGGCAUGUACUUUCAUCCUUACUACGCCGGCACUAUCGCCUCGCACAUCGUAAUCAACCCCAACACCGACUACAUCGUCACGCGACCAGACUUCCUCCCUCUCUACGAAGCCGCCGCCUUCCCGCUCUCCUUCACAGUCGCCUACCAAGCGCUCAAGAACUCCAAGCUCACGCAGUCCUCCACCGUCUGUGUUCUUGGCGGCGCGACCUCCGUCGGCAUGUUUGCCAUCCAACUCUUGAAAAAGCACUUCCUCGUCAAGAAAGUGGUCGCCACAUGCUCACCCGCCAGCGAGUCUAUCGUGCGCUUGCUCGGCGCGGACGAGACGAUCGACUACACGCAGCUGCGCGGACCUCAUCUGAUCUCGGCCCUCCUGCGCGCGCUCGCGGGACCCUACGCGGCAGAGGACGACGAAGUGAUGUCGAAAGACGCGAUCGCGCCGGCGGCAAAGUCCGGCUUCGACUUUGUCCUCGACACCGUCGGCACCACGCCCUACAUGCUCCAGCACCAGGCCGAGCUGACCCCGGCCAAGACAGGCUGGUUCGUGUCGACGGUGGGCGACGCUGACGCGCAGGAGGGUUCAACCUUCUUGAAUUCGUACAAUGCCGGCCGGUCGCUGUUUGGCGCGAUCGUCGGGCCGCGGUAUAAAGUGCAGUACGCGGUCUCGAGCAAGGAGGCGCUUGAGCUGGCGGUCAGUUUGUAUCAGCAGGAGCGGUUGAAGAUCGUGGUGGACUCGGUCACGCUGUGGGGGGAUUUUAAGACGGCGGUGGAUAAGGUGAAGAAGCGGACUGCGAAGGGCAAGGUUGUCCUUAAAGUUGAGCCGUUCUGA